AUGAAAGAAGAAAACAAAAAUACAAAUCUUAAGGAUGUCACAGUUGCAAUGGAAGUUUAUGAAACUGAUAAUUUUAAUGUGAACUACAUAUCAUCUAAACAUGACAACCCAUCAUCACCAUUAUCAGCUUCUUCAACAAACAUUUCAAUGCCGGAUCAGUCACCAUCAAUGCCUGGUCCACCAACAAUAAUGUCAAUGCCGGAUCAGUCACCAUCAAUGCCUGGUCCACCAACAAUAAUGUCAAUGCCUGAUCAGUCACCAUCAAUACCUGGUCCACCAACAGUUAUUUCAAUGCCUGAUCAGUCACCAUCAAUACCUGGUCCACCAACAGUUAUUUCAAUGCCGGAUCAGUCACCAUCAAUACCUGGUCCACCAACAGUUAUUUCAAUGCCGGAUCAGUCACCAUCAAUACCUGGUCCACCAACAGUAAUUUCAAUGCCGGAUCAGUCACCAUCAAUACCUGGUCCACCAACAGUUAUUUCAAUGCCUGAUCAGUCACCACCAAUACCUGGUCCACCAACAGUAAUUUCAAUAAAUCCUCCUUUGCCAUCAGCAUCCGUUCUAAAACAUAAAAUAGAUCUGCAUUUGUAUCACCAUCACCAUCAACACAACACAGCAUGA